UUGUAUCUGAAGCUCAACGAAGUUUGUAUCUUUCUAAAAAGGGGCGGAGUGGCCACCGUGUAGAGGUGUUCUUUUACUGGGAAUGGAAGGUAACGGCGGCGGGGAGUUUAGGUUCUUGAUAGUCAAGCCUGAGAAUGGAGGGAUUUGGGAUGCCUUAAGAUUUGGUGUAUUGGGGGACAAACAAAGCGGCGCUAAAUUUCUUCAAAGUUCCUCUUAUGGGAUCAUCAGGAAAGAACUCCAGGGUGUUUCUGGUUACGACGGCGACGGCGACGGCGGUGGCGGUGGCGAUGGAGAUGGGGAGGACCCUGCGCAUAUAUGGGUGAUAUUCGUCUCCAUUGUAGUGAGAAAGUUGUUAGCUUUGUUUAGGAAACCAUUGGAGUGGACUGGCUAUCUUUUGGAGUUCAUUCUGAACCUCAUCUCUCUCAAUGGCACCUUUUUUGCUUUCCUCUACAAAUUGUUUCAUGGGCAAUUGGUGAUGCCACAGAGAGGGUCUGAAACUUAUAUUUCUGCAAUUGGGCAUUUGGAUGGCCGUAUAGAUCUAUCCAAGAGUGAAGACCCCGAUUUCUGGAAGAAGAAUGUGCCAUUAGAACCUGGAAACCGAGCUCUUAUGGACCUCUGUAUGGUGGCUUCAAAGUUGGCCUAUGAGAAUGAAAAUGUCAUUAGGAAUGUUGUAAAUCUUCACUGGAGGAUGCAUUUUGUGGACUUCUACAACUGUUGGAAUGAUUAUCAACAAGAAAGUUCCACUCAAGUUUUUAUAUUGUCUGACAAGCCGAAAGAUGCAAACUUGAUAUUGGUUGGCUUUAGAGGCACAGAACCAUUUGAUGCUGAUGACUGGGGUACUGAUUUUGACUAUUCUUGGUAUGAGAUUCCAGAAAUGGGAAAAGUACACAUGGGGUUUUUAGAAGCCAUGGGUUUGGGGAACAGAAAGGACGUUUCUACAUUCCAAGAACAACUUUUCGUGAAAAAUGCAAAAUCUGGUUCUGCAGAAAGUUCUGAGCCAUCAUCUAUGUUGUUCAGUGAUUCUGAUGAGAAUAAUGGAUCUCACAACUCCAAAAAGCCUAAUGAUGCGGGCAAAGAAGAGUUUUCUGCAUACUAUACUGUUAGAAUGAAACUCAAAAGUCUACUCAGAGAGCAUGAAAAUGCAAAAUUCGUCGUUACAGGCCAUAGCUUGGGUGGAGCCCUUGCAAUUUUGUUCCCAACAGUUCUAGCAAUGCACAAGGAAGAGGAAAUGAUGAAACGGUUAUUGGGAAUUCAUACGUUCGGCCAGCCCAGGAUUGGGAACAGGCAGUUAGGAAGGUACAUGGAAGAGCAUUUGAAUCAACCCGCUCCCAGGUACUUCAGGACUGUUUACUGCAACGAUCUUGCACCUAGGUUACCAUAUGAUGACAAGACAUUUUUGUAUAAGCAUUUCGGGGUGUGCCUCUACUACAACAGCGUGUACAUUGAACAAAGAGUAGAUGAUGAGCCAAACCCCAACUAUUUUGGGAUACGCUUCCUGAUACCGAUGUACCUGAAUGCUGUUUGGGAGUUGAUCAGAGGUUUGAUGAUUGGUUACAUACAUGGAUCAGCGUACAAGGAAAGCUGGGAAUCAAUCCUGUGGAGGAUUGUAGGACUCUUUAUUCCUGGAAUUGCUGCUCACAGUCCAGUUGACUAUGUUACUUCCAUAAGGCUUGGGAGGGAAAGACAGAAUUAGCUGUCAUCCAUGUAAGGGCCUUGUUAACUCGCAUCUUGAGUGCGAAUCUGCAGGUGGACAAGAAGACCUGGUUUUGGAAGAAAUGGAGUCAAGAAACAUGUUUUAGAUUGUUUGAGUGGUGAUGUAUAUAUAUAACAGACAUUGCUGGUUUUAGUCUGGUUUGCAUGAGGAAACUCUUGUCUCUUGAGUGCAAUAAAUCAUAAAUGCUGCUGAUAAAAUCCAUUGAUUGUUUAGUUGCC